AUGGGCAGGUUCGAAGGAAAAGUUGCUUUCGUCACCGACGGUGCAUUUAGCAUGGGCCUUGCCGCCGUGGAACUGCUGGCCCAAGAAAGCGCAAAAGUUGCAUUGGCGGAUAUCCAAUGGGAGCUUGUACAGAAGAAUGCAAAGUCGCUAAGUGAUUGUGUCCUCCCAUUUCACUUGAACCAGGGAGAUGCAACAUCCGCCAACGAAGCAAUAAUGUUUGCAGAAGAGAAUUUCGGCAGCCUUGAUUUGGCAGCGAACGCAGCUGGAAUCGAGGGCCGUUUGGGAUAA